AUGGCACCCGGCUGCUCGUCAUUAGACCCCAUCCUCUCCGCGCUGGCUAUCCCUCCUGCCACCACGGCUGAGGGGCUGCGCGCCGCGCAGAAGGACGAGUUCCACGGCAACGAGUUCUCCCUGCUCGUAUCGCACGCACUCGGCGCUCUCGCCGGCCCGCAGUGGGUGCAGAAGCACCGCGAGGAGGUCCGGGCGGCGGCGCGCCUCGCCUACGGCGGCCUCUCGACGGCACGCCUCGCGCAGACGCCGGGCGAGGAGUACUGCGACAUCACGUGCGUAGACGCGGCCACGGGCCAGCCGCUGCCGCUCCGCCGCCGCUGGAUCGCCGUCUUGAUUGGGGCGCUGACGCCGUACCUUGCUCUCCGCCUCGAGGCGCGGCUCGUCUCCGCGGCCCGCUCCUCCGAGUCGCCCCUCGCCGCCGCCCUCGCCGCGCGGCUCGGCUCGUUCGGCGAGGCGCUCCGCCGGCUGCAGCUCGCUCUCUUUUGUCUCGGCCGCGCUCCCCGUCGGCUGGUCGACGUGCCGCUCGGCAUCGCGCACGUGUCCGAGAAGCCAGAGUGCCCGCUCUGCCGCGAGGCGCUGCAGCCGCAGGCGCUACGUUGCCUGCACGGAAUGGUCUGA